AUGAAACGGUUCCUUUUCGUGUUACUCGUUGUUGGAGUUACCCGGGCCUGUCAACCAGUGCCGGCACCGUCUGGGGGUUUUGCUGGUUAUACUGUCCCACACAAACAAAGAGCGAACAUCAAGUUAGUCACCAUCGUUGACUACGAUAAGGAAAAGGUCCCACAAUACAUGGGCUAUUUCCCUGCAACUCGUGUGUCGCAAUGGAUGAAAGAAGUCGUAGAAAAGGGGCAGUACUACAAAAAUGCGCCUGUAGAAUGCAUCCACCCUCAGACUACACCAACAGAACCGAAAACAACGGCAGAAGAAACGGCAACAGCUACAACAGCGCAGUCGCGACCAGUGGUGCCAGAAGCAGCUACAGAAGAAGAGGAAACGCAUCCAAACACAGAGCCAGAGCCGAAAACAACGGCAGAAGAAACGGCAACAGCUACAACAGCGCAGUCGCGACCAGUGGUGUCGCAAUGGAUGAAAGAAGUCGUAGAAAAGGGGCAGUACUACAAAAAAGCGCCUGUAGAAUGCAUCCACAAUCAGACUACACCAACAGAACCGAAAACAACGGCAGAAGAAACGGCAACAGCUACAACAGCAGUCGCGACCAGUGGUGCCAGAAGCAGCUACAGAAGAAGAGGAAACGCAUCCAAAUACAAAGCCAACGCAGGAGUAAUCCAGGAUUACCGUGGAAUCAGCGUUUCUUUGUGGAAUAAAUCUUGA